AUGAUAAGUAGACAUAGGUUUUUGAGGGGUGAUUACUGUCUCAAGAGCGAUCUACGAGAGCGUCCGGAACAACCACAUAAACUAUUUGAGGCUAAAAUCUCUAAAGUUCUUCUUGACACUUUAUUUGAUUAUCUGACAACAGACGCGGAUAUGUCUGACCCAAGCUUGACUGAUGGUGAUGAGAAAUUACUUCGGAGCUAUGUAACAGAGAACGCUGACUCAGUAAGUUUUGCUGGUCGUAUUGUUAAUAAAAUAGCAAACUUGUCACAGAAGCUAGCAAUCUUCGAAAACGAAACAAGCGAACACAAGCCAAAUGUAUUAAGUGAUGAUGAGCUGCGACUAAUUAGCAUGACUAAGAAAGAAAUGAAACAUUUACGUAAGAGGAGUGUAUCAAUAACCCUCCCUUCCUCGAAACUACCACGCGGUUUGAUUCAGAGACGUCCAACUGGGUUUGUUCACGCAGACGACAUACCAUUUUUAGUAGGGGAAAUUGAACAGGAACAAGAAACAGAAGAUGACGAGAAUAUUCCUCAUAGUUUCAGUUUGGAUUCGAUCAGCACUUCAAGGUCAGAAUCUAUCUUGUCUAAUAUCUCGCAGAAGACAUGUGAUGAACCCGUUAGAAAAGUCACCAUUGCACAGAACAAAAAUACUUCCUCAAAACAAGGAGACAACGAACAGGGAUUACCGAAAAUAUCCGUUUUAACUCGUCUAUACGACGAUGUAAGAAUCAAUAAGGAAGAUAUGGUAUUGCCCACUUUAAAGAGUUACAAACCCUUUGCAGCGACAAACUCAAACAAUUAUUUGCUAACGGAAACAAGCUUUUUUCUGACUGACGACGAGACACGAGACAAAUAUUACUCUCAUAAUAUUCAGUCAGAAGACUACUCAUUAGAUUACGUUCUACAUUUACAAUGUGGGAAAAAAUUUACUCGCAAAAUAUCCUCUGACUACGUUAGGACUAUUGACCAUAUUGAACAUCAACCACAAAAUUCCUUAAGAAGCGUUGAAAACUUCAUAGUUAUAUCAGUCAUUUACGUACUGAUCCUGACUCUAAUAACACGGUUCCUGCUCGAACUAGAGGUCUGCCGAAGGUUACAAAAGAAGUAUACAUGUAUUGAUUUAGAAAAAAAAUACUGUUCAAAAUUCAAACAUAAGUUUGAGUUUUGUGUACUGAAGCAAUUCCAUAAAUAA